CACGGGAUAAUUUUAAAUUACCUAGCAUCAACAACUAAGUUAAGUAAUUGUAAUUGUACACUACAAAAGUAUGUCAUCGUUCAAACCGUUGUAUACACCUUGGAAAGUAAACAGGUAAACAUGAGUAAACUGUUGGUUUGCGGCGUUCUCAUGUGUUUGUUUGCUGCUAUUCUCAGUAUAAUAAGCACGGCGAUUCCGUAUUGGCUUCACGUGCAUGGUAGUGUCCUUGGACAGGAGGGCACCCUAAAUAUUGGCCUCUGGCAGACAUGUUUGAAAUAUAAAACGUCAUUUGCUAGCGGAACGAAAUGUGGAGAUACGGGAAUAGAGACAAGCUGGUGGAAAGCUGUUAAAGCGUUAAUGAUCAUCGGAAAUGCCUGCUUAACAUUCAGUACAAUUCUUGGCCUAUUGUACUGCAAGUUCAACACACAGAACAGCGCACAAGGCACGAUAUUCAUGGCUUUAUUUGGAGGUAUUGUUCUAACCAUUGCUGUGAUAGUGUUUGGAUCUGAAACAAAAGAGGAUAGUUCAUCAUUCAGUGUAUGCUUCAUACUGGCAAUAGUAUCUGCCGUGUUGGCAUUGUUGUCUGCAGCUCUUGUAGGAAAAGCGAAACGGGGCCCGACGGGAUAUAGCUCAAUAUAAUCACGGCUUGAUUCAACGCAAAAAUACUAAACUAUAGAAACUACUUUGAAACAAGGAUAGAGAACUCUAUCUUAUAUCACAACUUACGCAAUGCAAAACACUGUUUUAUAUAUAUUAUAGCAAGAGUAAUAUUAAUACCUAUCACGUGGUGUAAUUCUAAGUGUUAAAGUAUUUGAGAGAUGAGCAUAUAUUGCUGCAUUUCGAAGAAAGUAUAUGAAUAUUUCAUCUUAUUUCAACGUACGCAUGGUUAGUUCAAUUUUGACUACCAGACUAAAUAAACGAUCUAGAAUAUAUGUAAAAUUUGCAUUAAUACUGAACACGUGUUCACCAGUCACAAUAACUUUUCUUUAUAAAGUUUUCAACAUUUUUUUUCGUUUCACCAUGUUACAAUUUAUCCUUUCCGCUUAUCUUGCCACUGUUAACCAUAAUAUGCUGUGUUCUCACCGCCGAUCAGAUCAACUCGAUCAAGCACGAUCAAGCGAUCGGGUACCGGUCUAGCUCGGUCUGCAUGCGUGAUCGGGGUUGGUCGGAGCGGUCUACCUUGGUCGAUAUGGCUCUGGCUUCCUACCCGAAUCUUUUUGACAUGUCAAAAAAAUUCGAGUAGCGAUCGAGUAGAUAAGACGUCGAGAAGCGAUCGUAUAGUGAUCGAGUAGAAGAUCUAGUUGAUCGAGAAUAAAUCGUGUAACGAUCUAGUUUUGUCGGGUAUACAUCGGAUUUACAUGUCUUACCAGGUAGAAAUCUGGCAACGAUCGAGCAGAGGUCCAGUUAGUCUAGUUGAGAUCGUGUAUGACUCGCGUAUAGGUCUUGGUGAUCGAGAAGAAGUCGGGAUGUUGGUCGGGUUGUCGUCGAGAAGAAGUCGUAAACAUGGUAGACUUGAGGUCGUGUAGGAGUCGUGAAUUUGCAUUUGAUCCAGCUUGGUCGGGCUUCAUCGGGGCAUUAAUGUGAUCGGGACGAUCGAGUUGAUCUGAUCGGCGGUGAGAACAUAUAACCACGCUAAAUAUCUUAAAUAGACCUGUUGUUUUUUUCAAGCUGGACAAACCAUAUAUCAUUUGUUUUUAGGGAAAAUUCAACACAUAUACUGACUGACUAGCAAACAGUGCAUUUCAUUUCAUGGUUUAAAUGUUGUAGGAUUUUUAUUUAUGCUAUACAUGUACUAAGCUACAUGCUUUUUUGUAAUGUUAGAAUUGUUGAAGAAGAUUUUCACUUUCUUUAAGCUUGCUUAAAACUUCCAAACUGAGAAAAAAUAUCCCAAUGAAUAGCCGUCUUUAAUCUAAUUCUAGAACUUUAUUAUCCAUAAAUGUACCGGGACCAAUUAAUUCAUUUAAGCUGAUUUGAUUUGAUUUGUUCAUUUUGCAUUUUGCAAAAGAUGUAUAGAAGAAUCUUUUCCGAAGUGAUCAAAUAUCAUUCUACCGUUGAAUAUUUUAUAUCGUGUUUUAAAGCUUGAUUACAUUUAAAACAAUAAUAUCAAGUCAAAGCUUGUUGUUGUCCGACAGAUAUCGAUUUGUAAAUAUAUUUCUACUAAUUAUCUAAUUGUUGUUUGAUUUUAAGUGGUGGGGCGUCCGUGGCCGAGUGGUUAAGGUCGUUGUCUUCAAACCACUUGCCCCUCACCGCUUGGGGUUUGUAAAAUCACCGGGGACUUUCAUAUGAGGAAACUAUCUAGCUAACUUACGGAAGAUUGUUCUACUCAGGUACAUGUUUUUGUACCUGCAAUAGUGCACAGAAGGGCACCUAAGGUCUUCCUCCACCAGUAAAGCUGUAAAGUCACCAUAUGAAUUAUACUGUGUAGGUGGGACGUUAAAACCUACCAUAAAAAUGUAAAUAGUAUAUUUAUAGAAAGGAAUAAAAGGUUACGCUUGCGAAGUUAAUUGAUAAUUAAAUUUUAAUUUUAGUGCCUUGUAUAAUCACCACUAAUAGUUUGCCUUUUAUUGCUGUACUUUUGUAUGUUUUUUUUUUAUAUUUGUUAACCCUUAAUUAUAUUUAUACUGUUUGAAAAUAAAUGUACUACAUUCUUAAAUGGAAUAUUUAGUUUUAUAGUUUUACUUAUGUUAUAACAAAUUAACAAGUUGCCAGCAAAACAUUUGUUUAAUAGACAGAGAAUGGUAUUUGUACAUGUUAUUUUCAUCAUUUUUCACAACAAAAAACAAAAACAACAACAACAACAGCAAUUUAUUUAUUGAUUUGACAAGUUACAGAUAUCCCUCACACAUAAGUUAUUGACAUACAUGUAUACGUGAAAGAAGAAGUAUGGAAAUAUAAACAAUAGAGCCGUGAUGGCCUUAAAAAUCGCUCACCUGAACUCUCCAUGACAACGUACAAGUAAUAUUGUAAACUAUAAAAAAGCAGAUAUAAAAUUUAACUCUUAAACUGAUAUCUCAAAGUUAAUAUUUGUAUCUGAAAAAGUGCAUGUUUAUAAAUAUUUCUAGUUGCUACUGCUAAGAGAAA